AUGAUCAGAGCUGUCGGUGUGAGAGCUGCUCUCAGGAAAAAUCAGAACAGUGACUGCCCACCCCCAUACUACUCAGUAGCAGUGCCCACCCAGCCCCCUCCUGAGUAUGGAGAGGUGGUGGGGGCCAGAGGGAUGUCUGACCCCCCUUCUCAGCCUUACUACAUCCCCCAGCCUAUGGCACAUGUAAAUGUCGUCCAUGUUUCCCAGGGCGCCCCCCAACGUCGUAAAAAGGGCUUAUCAUGUGGGAACAGUUCCUGCUGUUACGGAGGAUCAGGAGGAACCACCCUACUGCUGGUCCUCCUCGCUAUCGCUAUCUGGCUGGGAGUGCGUUAUGGCCCAUCCCUGGUGUCUGGCUCCCUGAGUGAGAUGGAGAAAGACAGUUGCCCCUCCAAAACCGUGGAGUGUGACGGCCGACGGGACUGCGAACUGGGCAGUGAUGAGACCAAUUGUGUAAGGUUCAGGUCGAAUGGGGGUCUAGAGGUGAAGACAAGCAGCGCUGGUAAUUUCCUCCCUGUGUGUUACAGUGGCUGGAACAAGGGCCUGGCUGACCAGACCUGCGCUCAACUAGGCUUCAGAGUGAGUCAUAUCACUAGCAGUGUGAAAGAUGAGUCCUCUACCACUCUCACUGUGACAGGGAAGACCUCCAACACCAUCCAGGAUAAGGUGUCAGUACACUCAUCCUGCCCUAACAAUGACACUGUCUCCCUGCAGUGUAUCAACUGUGGCAGGCAGAAGUUGUCCAGAAUCAUAGGGGGAUCAGCAGCGAAUCUGGGCGAUUGGCCUUGGCAGGUCAGCCUCCACUUUCAGGACUCUCACACCUGCGGAGGCACGCUGAUCGCUCCUGACUUUGUGGUGACAGCAGCCCACUGCUUCCCCAGGAAGGUCUCAUCGUACCUGGUGCCCAAUAACUGGCAUGUGUAUGUGGGCAUGGUUUCUCAGAUGGUGCUGCCUCGCCCUUAUAUGGUGGAGAAGAUCAUUGUCCAUGAGAGCUAUGAUGACAAAACCAACAACUAUGACAUCACCCUUCUCAAACUCACACAGCGUGUAGACUACUCCAACAACAUCCAGCCUGUGUGUCUGCCUGCCUAUGACAAGAUCUUCUCUCCUGGAACAAAAUGUUGGACCUCUGGAUUUGGGACAACAGAAGCGGGGGCAGCUCGUGGCUCCACGAAUCUUAUGGGGGUGACUGUGGACAUCAUUGACUCCAGCGUGUGUAACAGUAACACAGUGUACAAUGGUAAGGUCUCUCAGAACAUGUUCUGUGCUGGAGACAUGAAGGGAGGCAAGGACUCCUGCCAGGGGGACAGUGGUGGUCCCCUGGUGUGUAAAGACUCAGACCAGCUCUGGUACCUGGCGGGGGUGACCAGCUGGGGGGAUAGCUGUGGCAAGAGAGACAGACCGGGGGUCUAUAGUCGUGUCAGCCGCCUGCUGCCCUGGGUCUACAGUAAGAUGCAGGUUAUACCACACUGCAACCUCUUCUAA